UACAUCUACAAAUAAAUUUUUAACUGUUACGAGAUAAAAAUCUAAUGUGUAAUGAUAAUUUAUAUUUUCAACUGAAGUGGUGUGAAUGACUUAAUCUUGUAGCCGAAGUUAUUUUUAACUUUCCCGGCUUAAAUGUAUACACAUGAAAAAUGUCUUUAGAUCAAACAGUGUGCGAGGAUUUGAAAGCUUUCGAAAGACGACUUACCGAAGUGAUUGCUAGUUUACAACCAGCAACUCUACGGUGGAGAAUACUACUUGGUUUCAUUUCUGUGUGUACUGCUGUGGGCGCAUGGCAUUGGUUAACAGAUCCAAAUACAUCAGCCGUAUCAUUUACACAAAGUUUAUACAAUCACCCAUUCUUUGCAAUUGCUAGUAGCAUUUUAUUUAUAUUGUUCAUAAUGGGAGUCCAUAGACGCGUAAUAGCACCAAGUAUUAUAACUCAAAGAGCUAGAAGUGUUCUCAGUAAUUUUAACAUGAGUUGUGAUGAUACUGGAAAACUCAUCCUUAAGCCAACGAGAUCAAGAUCAUGAAAAUUAAAAAGAAAUGGACAUAGGUUUUGUGUUAAUUUUCGAAGUGUUUAUAAGUAUUUGAAUUCCAAGAACAUAUACAUAUAAUAUAAAACACAUUCUUUACAUUCAUGUAAGAUUAUUUUUAUCUCGUAAUCACAUUGGAGAUAAUGUAUACAAAAUUUUGCAUUUCAUAAAUUUAUUCUGGAGAAUGAUAAAAAAUGUUUAAAUUAUAUAUAUAUAUCUUGGAUUUAUUUUGGAGACUCUUGAAUAAUAAACACAUACUGCUAUGAUAUAAUA